AUGGAUCAAGGGAGUAGGUUUUUGGUGGGAAAGAUUUUAGGAAAGGGGGAAUCGUCGAAUGUCAAGUCCUCUCAAUACAUUGAGUUUUACCAAAGUCAUUGGCUUCAAUAUUUUGGGCAUCCUGAUUUUCUCAGAUUUGAUGCCGAAGGGACUUGGCGCUCCCGUGAAAUUGACUCGUAUUUUUCCAAGAACCAGGUUAUGUUGGACCCGAUUCCCGGAGACGCACACUGGCACCUUUCACCACUGGAGCGAAGCAUAGCAUGGCUCAAAGAGCUUCUGUCCCGCCUCGCACAGGAGACGUCAAGCAUCUCCACCCAUGAAGCGGCGCACCAAGCUCUCAACAUCUGGAACAGGAGGGAAAUGGUGAGGGGCUUUUCCCCCCACCAACAUGCCCUAGGACAGGCUCCCGACCUUGACGGUCGCUUCUUUCGAGAUGAUGUUCGUGGCCUACCAGUGGAGAUCAUGGAGACUCCAAUCGGUGAGCUCGAGAGACAUCAAGGCCUCCGACUACAAGCCGAAGAAACGUUCUUGAAGUGGCAAGCCAAAGAGCGGCUUGCUCGAGCCAUGAAUUCCAAGUCCAAACCGAUCCCGGCCUCAGUGGAACAACUCCGCAAAGCGUCCAACCGUGAAACCAUCUUGGCUGAACUAGACAAAGACCUUCGGCUACCUUGGACGAUCUCGGAGAUUGUCGCGCCCUUGGGAAAGAAUGAAUAUGACGACAUCACCGUGGAAGCCAAGGACAUGCCUUCGGAAGAGGACAAAGAAAGGGUAGCCAGAUUUUGGGAACCACCCACCAAGAGGCACAGAACAAAGAGACCUGUGGAGCUUCCAGGAGAAGAAGAAGAAGUACAAGAACAAAACCCCUCGUUGCCUUCAAGACCAACACCGAUGGACAUAGACCCAGAGGAAGACCCACUUCUCUACGCCAAAGGUGUCGAAGAAGAACACCAAGCCUUUUGGAAUGAUGAAAAGGCCUACGUAGAGAUGGAAAUACCACUGCCUCAAAGCAGGCAUGGAUGGAUGCAAAUGUCCAAAGAUGUGAAGGCCUACAUCGUGAACACCCUCAAGAAAAAGAGUGUGGAAGUCUUCGAAAGACACAUGGACGAGGACACCAAAGUGAAAUUCCAGGGAGCAAAGAAAACAGAAAUUUCAAAGUUUCUGGCGUCCGAAGCCCUUGAAGCACUUCCAGCACGCCUACAACCGCCCAAAACUCAGGCGAUGUCCAUGAGGGGAUGGCAUUGCUGGAAGGGCGACGUGGCGGCCGCGUUUUUGCAGGGUAGAAUCUGUGAAGAGGAACUAUACUGCAUCCCAACCCCUGAUCUUUGCAAAGAGAUGAACAUCCCUCCAGAGUCCAUCACUCGACUCCGGAAAUCAUGUUAUGGCCUAGUUCAGGCUCCCUAUGAGUGGUACGAGACCGUGAAGACCCACUUUCACGAGUUGGGAUACAGACAGUGUUUCUCAGAUCCUUGCUGCUGGGUGCUCAAACAAGAAGGUGAAGUCCGCUCCAUCAUUUCCGGCCACGUGGAUGACUUUGUCUUCAUUGGAAACCCCCAAGACGAAUACUGGCAGAGAGCAAAAAAGAGCAUCCAAGAUGCGUUUAGGCAGUACUUGCGGGACGAGUUGGCAGCAUGCUCGAGCUCACAGCUGGGAUACAGCCAAUUGGUGUUCACAGAUUUGUUGAGGCUGUUGGAUGUUCCAGGCAGGGAAUCCUGUAGAGGGGAUGAUCAAGGUAGCUUUGUCCGGCAAGUGGCGGAACAUGAUCCAAAUGUGUUUGAGGAGUCAGGUGAGCGCAAACAAGAACCUCCACAGCCGGAGACGUAA